UCCUGUGUAUCUCUGUCAAAUACUCUUGGAUAGGGAAUACAGGCUAGGGUAACGAUAACCUUAUAUGUUAUUCUUUGACCAGUUGUAAUGUAAAACACAUUGAACUGACCAUGAUGUUACCUUGUUGUGUACUAUCUGACUGUUUUCUUAUAGGUCCAAGAAAAUAGUGCAUGAUCGUCAUGGCCAAAGGUCAAAGGACUGUGACCCUGCAUGUUAUCGGGGCUAAAGGAUCGGGCAAAUCUCUUUUCAUACGGCAACUGGCCACUGUACCACACUGCAAAAAGCUGAAACUUGGUGAGAGGUGUUACGUUGAGGAACUGGAUCUGCAAAAGCUUAUUGGAAUUCAAGUUCUUCUAAACAUCAGAGAAUACAGAGGUUGGAAGUUCUAUAAAACUCUUUUCGCCUUUAAAUACCGUAAGGCAGAUGCAUGUUUACUGUUUUACGACAGAGAGGAAACAACUACCAUCGACAAGGCUGAAAGGAUCAGCAUGCGGUGGCAUUAUUUGACGACAGGAAAUCCAAAUACCUAUCUAGUGGGAAACAAAUGUGACAAGUUAGACAGAAGAGGCUUUUGUAGGGAGCUUGCGGAUACUAUCAUUAACAAGAUCCUGCCAGUGAAGGGCCACUUUACUGUAUCAGCUAAAACGGGACAUAACAUAAACACAUUGCUGGUUGCGGUUCUUCAGCAAGUCUUGGGAGAAGAUUUUGUAAUCAACAGUAGUCCGUCACAGGUAGACGUGGCCAGUAUGAGUCGGGACCACCGCGUGGGAGUUCAAACCUAUCCAGUGAAAGCUAAUGCUGGUUUGUGUGUUAUUGUUAACAACGAAAGGUUUGAAGACGGGUCAGAUCGACCCGGAGCUGACGAGGACGUUACAAACAUCGAAUCAACAUUUGGACCCCUUGGAUUUGAUAUGAGACUCAUUGAGAACAAAGAUGUUUCAACACUCAUGAGAGAAAUGCGCGAUAUAUCUAAGGAGGAUCAUACAUCGAACAGCAUGUUUGUCUGUUUCAUCAUGUCUCAUGGGUCAAAGAACAAGAUUGUCGGAGCCGAUCAACUGCCAAUCAACAUUGAACGUUUAACAUCUCUGUUUUCUGCCCAGGAUUGCCAAAGCCUAGCCGGCAAACCCAAGCUGUUCAUAAUUCAGGCAUGUCAGGGGUAUAAGCAGCAUCCGUCAGCAAUCGUUAAUGCCGAUGCAACAUCGAUCCUUGACGUCUCUCUCGAGAGAACAACUCUUCCAGUGUUUGGAGACUUUUUAAUUGCAUAUGCUACCAUUGCAGGAUUCGUUGCAUACCGUGAUCCCGACACUGGCUCUCCGUAUAUACGGAUACUGUGCAAGACAAUUCUGGAGUUUCCUGAAUAUCACUUGGUCGAUAUACUGACCAUGGUAAACGAGAGGGUUGCCGAUUUUAAGUUUGAAGGACCAUCAAAACAGAUGCCUAUGUUUCAGUCGCAACUUAGAAAGCACCUGUACCUGAAGAGGCCGCCCAUGACAUCGGACCAUGAUGACAUUGGAAAGAGUCGUGACUCCAAUGACCGACUAGUUGUCGAAACUAGUUGUCCUGUUGACCAGUUGGAUACAUGUUGUCAAGGUAACAAUCAACCAUGAUUGUAAUCUGUGGAUCUGACACUGACAAAACAAGGUGUUCACUUGGCUGUAAUCUGUGGGCUGAUUGUAGUUUGUGGAUCUGGCAAAACUACCAAGCCGACAGACAAGCUCUACUGACUGUAAUCUGC